GGGCAAAGCUCUCCCAGCAGAGGGGAAUAGGAGAUUGUGCAGGACAAGCUGCUCCUGACAGAAGGACCUCACCCUCCAUCCUGUGCGCCCUGAAGGAUGUCGCUGCUGAGCCUGUCCUGGCUGGGCCUCGGGCCGGUGGCCCCGUCCUUGUGGCUGCUCCUGCUGCUGGUUGGGGUCUCCUGGCUACUGGCCCAUGUCCUGGCCUGGACCUACACCUUCUAUGACAACUGCCGCCGGCUUCAGUGUUUCCCACAUCCCCCGAAACUGAACUGGUUUUGGGGACACCAGGGCCUGACCGCUCCCACGGAAGAGGGCGUGAAGAGGCUCAUCCAGCUGGUGACCACCUAUCCCCAGGGCUUUAAGUUGUGGCUGGGUCCUACUCUCCCCCUCCUCGUUUUAUGCCACCCUGACACAGUCCGGGCUAUCACCAGCGCCUCAGCUGCUGUUGCACCAAAGGAUAUGCUUUUCUAUGGCUUCCUGAAACCCUGGAUGGGGGACGGGCUCCUGCUGAGUGCUGGUGACAAGUGGAGCCGCCACCGCUGCAUGCUGACGCCCGCCUUCCACUUCAACAUCCUCAAGCCCUAUGUGGCAAUUUUCAACAAGACUGUGAACAUCAUGCACGACAAGUGGCAGUGCCUGGCCUCAGUGGGCACCACAAGACUAGACAUGUUUGAGCACAUCAGCCUCAUGACCUUGGACACUCUGCAGAAAUGUGUCUUCAGCUUUGAUAGCAAUUGUCAGGAGAAGCCCAGUGACUACAUAGCCGCCACCUUGGAACUCAGUUCCUCUGCAGAAAAAAGAAACCAGCACUUUCUCCUGCACUCGGACUUCCUGUAUUAUCUGACUCCGGAUGGGCGGCGCUUCCGCAGGGCCUGCCGCCUGGUGCACGACUUCACAGACGCCGUCAUCCAGGAGCGGCGCCGCACCCUCCACACUCAGGGUACUGAUGACUUCCUCAAGGACAAGGCCAAGUCCAAGACUUUAGACUUCAUUGAUGUGCUUCUGCUGAGCAAGGAUGAAGAUGGGAGGGAGUUGUCUGAUGAGGACAUAAGAGCAGAAGCAGAUACCUUCACAUUUGGGGGCUCUGACACCACGGCCAGUGGUCUCUCCUGGAUCUUAUACCACCUUUCAAGGCACCCAGAAUACCAGGAACGCUGCCGGCAAGAAGUCCGAGAGCUUCUGAAGGACCGUGAGCCUAUAGAGAUUGAAUGGGACGACUUGGCGAAGUUGCCCUUCCUGACCAUGUGCAUCAAGGAGAGCCUGCGGUUGCAUCCCCCAGUCCCAGCCAUCACCCGACGCUGCACCCAGGACGUGGUGCUCCCAGACGGCCGGGUCAUCCCCAAAGGCGUUUCCUGCCUCAUCAGUAUUAUCGGGAUCCAUCACAACCCAACUGUGUGGCCAGAUCCUGAGGUCUAUGACCCCUUCCGCUUCGACCCAGAGAACAGCAAGGAGAGGUCACCUCUGGCUUUUAUUCCCUUCUCAGCAGGGCCCAGAAACUGCAUUGGGCAGACGUUCGCCACGGCUGAGAUGAAGGUAGUCCUGGCACUCACACUGCUGCGCUUCCGUGUCCUGCCGGACCGCAUUGAGCCCCGCAGGAAGCCGGAGAUGGUCAUGCGCGCAGAGGGUGGACUGUGGCUGAGGCUGGAGUGCCUGGGUGCGAACCCACAGUGACUGUCGGAUCCAACUACCCACCUUUUUAGAUUCCCAGGAAUAAAUCUAUGCUG